UUGCCAAUCAGAGCAGCUCUUACUGUGACCCCUCCCCUGCUUCGGAGAGAUUUAUAGUGGCCCUCUGCACCACGUUAAUGUCGCUUCAGCCUCUCAAAGUCUAAGCAAUCAGGGGUCCACACAGCUGUAGGAUUAUGGCACCAGGAAAGAAGGGAAUCUUGGAGCGUCUUGACGCUGGCGAGAUUGUGAUCGGCGAUGGAGGUUUCGUGUUUGCCCUGGAGAAGAGAGGCUACGUUAAGGCCGGUCCCUGGACCCCUGAGGCCGCUGCAGAGCACCCUGAAGCAGUGCGUCAGCUGCACAGGGAGUUCCUGAGGGCCGGAGCCAACGUUAUGCAGACCUUCACCUUCUAUGCCAGUGAUGACAAACUGGAGAACAGAGGCAACAAGCUCACUUUCACUGGAGCUCAGAUCAACGAGGCUGCCUGCGAUUUGGCCCGUGAGGUCGCCAAUGAGGGUGAUGCCCUGGUUGCCGGUGGAGUGUCUCAGACUCCAUCCUACCUGAGCUGCAAGAGUGAGGCAGAGGUGAAGGCCAUCUUCAAGAAACAGCUGGAUGUGUUCAUCAAAAAAAAUGUGGACUUCCUGAUUGCUGAGUACUUUGAGCAUGUUGAAGAGGCCGUGUGGGCUGUGGAGGUGCUGAAGGAGACAGGGAAGCCUGUGGCUGCGUCUCUGUGCAUUGGACCAGAGGGAGACAUGCACGGUGUCUCACCAGCAGAGUGUGCUGUCAAGCUGGUCAAAGCUGGUGCCCAGAUUGUUGGAGUCAACUGCCACUUUGAUCCCAUGACCUGUGUGAAAGCUGUCAAGAUGAUGAAGGAGGGAGUGGAGAAGGCUGGGCUGAAGGCUCACUACAUGGUGCAGCCCCUGGCAUACCACACCCCUGACUGUAGCUGCCAGGGAUUCAUCGAUCUGCCAGAGUUCCCCUUUGGUCUGGAGCCCAGGAUUCUGACCCGCUGGGACAUGCACAAGUACGCCAGAGAGGCCUACAAUGCUGGCAUUCACUUCAUUGGUGGCUGCUGUGGAUUUGAGCCUUAUCACAUUAGGGCUGUGGCAGAGGAGCUGGCUCUUGAGAGAGGCUUCCUCCCAGCUGCAUCAGAGAAACAUGGCAACUGGGGUGCUGGUCUGGAGAUGCACACCAAGCCCUGGGUCAGAGCCAGAGCCCGCCGUGACUACUGGGAGAACCUGAAGCCAGCCUCUGGUCGCCCCACGUGUCCCUCCAUGUCUGUCCCUGAUGGCUGGGGUGUUACCAAGGGCCACGCUGAUCUCAUGCAGCAGAAAGAGGCCACCUCUCAGGACCAACUCAAACAGCUGUUCGACAGGUCAAAGAGCCACUGAGUCGGUCUUCAGACCUGGCAGCACGGCUGAGUCAAACAGCAGGAGCUACUGAUGCUGCACAGUGGUGUGCACACAUCUGUAAACAGUGCUACACCUAACAAACGUAAUGUCAGGGGCCGAAUCCUCACUUGAGACUGGCACUGUUCUGUGCAUCUGUUUACUGUAAAACUGUAGAUCAUGUGAGGCCGCAGUGGUAUCUCAAGUUAGGAGUCAGCGCAUGUUAAGAUUGGGACCUUUUUGUUUUCCAUGACUCUGGACCAGUUUGUUUUAAUAAAAAAAAAAUCUAAUAAAAUGUGAAUUGGUUACUUGA